AUGGCAACGCAAGCUACGGAAAAUAUAACAACAAACAGUGACUCCGUUCAGGAUGAGAAGAAGGGACCAUUAUUCAAAGAAAUCGAUGCUGACGAAGCGGUUAAUGAGGCAACUGAAAUUGAAUCGGCAUGUAUGAAUUGUUUCAAAACGGGUGUUACGCGCCUCCUCUUGACCAAAAUUCCAUUUUUCAAAGAGGUUGUGCUGAUGUCAUUCAAAUGUGAGUUCUGUGGCUUCGAAAACAAUGAAAUUCAAUCGGCAUCGGAAAUCCAAAAGAAGGGUGUACACAUCAAAUUGGAGGUUAAGUCUAGCAGUGAUUUGAAUCGUCGCGUUGUACGCUCCGAUUAUACGUCGGUGAAAAUUCCUGAAGUUGAGCUGGAAAUUCCUUCACAAUCGCAAAAGGGUGAAAUUACCACCGUGGAAGGUAUAAUCGAUCGUACCAUUCGCGGACUUAGCCAAGAUCAGGAUAAGCGACGCAUUGAACAUCCAGAUGCAGCAGCUGCCAUUGAUGCCUAUAUUGAACGAUUGAAUGAUUUGAAGUCUUUGAAAACAAACUUCACCUUGGAAUUGGAUGACAUAAGUGGUAACAGUUUUGUGGAAAAUCCAUUGGCACCGGCACAUGACCCCAAUUGUAAGACCACACAUUUUACACGAUCCAAAGAACAAGAUCAACUAUUGGGUCUGUAUGAUGCAAACGAGGUACAAGAGGGCGAAAAGAAGAUCUUAAAGGAAGACAAACAAUUGCUGAAACCUAUUCCAGAGGGCGAAUGGACUUUGGAAGAUUUACAUGGCGAAGUUUUACAAUUCCAAACGCUCUGCCCUGAAUGUCGUUCUCCAUGCGAAACAAAUAUGAAACUAACAAAAAUCCCCCAUUUCAAAGAAGUUGUUAUUAUGGCCACCGUAUGUGAUGUUUGUGGUUGUAAAACAAAUGAAGUUAAAUCGGGUGGUGGCAUCGAGGAUAAGGGUACCCGUUUUGAGGUGCGUGUUGAUUGCAAAGAAGACCUAACUCGUGAUGUCUUGAAAUCAGAAACAUGCAACUUACUCAUACCCGAAUUGGAUUGUGAAGUUGGUCCCUCAGCAUUGGGUGGUCGUUUCACAACCGUUGAAGGUAUCCUAACCGCCAUGAAAGAUCAAAUUGAGGGUAAUGAUGUCAUGUUCCAAGAUUCAACCGAUGAAGCCUUCAAAAAUCGUUUCAAAGGUUUCAUUGAAAAAUUCGAAAAAAUAUUGUCUUUGGAAAUGCCCGCAACAUUGGUUUUGGAUGAUCCAGCCGGUAAUAGUUAUGUUCAAUCGUUGAGUGACACCGAUGAACCCGAUGAUAAGCUGAAAGUAACAAAAUAUGUCCGUUCAUAUGAACAAAAUGAAGAAUUGGGUCUGAAUGAUAUUAAAACGGAAAAUUAUGAAGAAUCAUAA